GACAAAGCGGCAAUACGGCAACGCGGUAAGCUAAUCACCGUCUUGUUUUCUAAUAGCUGUAACAAAGUUAUAUGGUUGAAGAUUGGCUAACGCGUUGUCGCGUUGUCACUUUGCCAGCCUACAAGCGUGUGGGAAAAGUCCUAUAGGAACGCGGAGUACGAAACAUACAUCCUUAAUUUGUGCUUUAAAAGUGUUUGGUGACGCGGAGGAAACACGUGUCUGAUUCCGACCUAGAAUAACUCUAUAAUUUUUCAUAAUUUUUUAAUAAUAUUGUAAGUAAAAAAAGUAUAGUUAAUCGGUAUGAUUAUCUGUGUCAUAUUUAAUAUGUUUGUGGUAUGACAAAUUCUUUAAACAUAUUGAUUGCAACAUUAGGAAAAUUCUGCAAUAGAAAAUUUUGGAAAUUAGAAAGUUUGCUAUAUAGACAAUCUAUAUAGACAAUCAAGAUUUACUGUACAGAUAACCAAUAGUUCGUCGCAUUUAAUUCGAAAAAGCUAAGCACAGCACAGCCAAUUACAUUUCUUGUUUCUUCUUUCAAUCGGUCACGCCUUAUAGAUUGCACUUUCUGCACUUAAAGUGAAAUGAAUAUAUAAAGUUUAAAGUUGGAAAAAGGAAACAGACGAAAGUGCAGAUACGAGGAACAGAUCGCUCAUGUCACUUGCAAAUCAAAAUCAAUCAAAACAUGAAUAAGCUUGUGUCAGAGGCUUGUUGAAGCGAUAUAAAUGCGUUGUUCGUUUUGGUAUUAGCUAUUUCCACGUGCAAUCUUGAAAUGAACGCUUAAAGCAAGGAUUGCUUGCGUGAAUAUCGGUAAAUGCAGAUUGUGUUUUAACAUUUAAGAGAAUUGUAUAAUCUGACAAGGUUAUGUGCGGAAACGGUCUUGAGAUUCAAGAGAUAAAAAGACGUCUAGCGGCGAACGGACAAGAUAUCGAUGAAGACGUGAUAUCCGAUUUUUUGGAAAAUUGUGAUUUCGUUGGCAUAACGGACAAGAUAAGUCACAUCAUUAGAAUCAUCAGUGAGAAAGAUGACUUUCAAAACUCUUUGGAUAUUAUGGGAACGUCCAGUUCGUCAGAAUCACACUAUGCUAGUGAUUCUACUUCUGAAUACAGCUCUUCAAUGGAAUCUACCAAUGUCAAAGUAAUUGAUAUUUCAUCAGAUAGUGAUGAUGACACAGAUUAUUAUCAUCACAAUACAUCUAACAUGAAUGAUACUUCAGUAAUUGAUACUUUGAAAAUAGCAGCUAAUGAUAUCACAACUUCAUGUUCUUAUUUACAGCCAAAUGAUAAUAAAUCGUUACUGAAUCAAGAUGUAGAUGUGGUUACUGAUGUAGCUGUAGAUGUGGUUACUGAUGGUGAUAGCCAAGUUACAACUGCUAAUAGUAAGACUCAAGUAUCUGAAGUAUCUAUACCUGAAAUAACAAUUCUAGAAGAAAAGAAUGAUGUUACAUGUAUAAAAAGUACUUCAAAGGUACCUAAAGCAACAGUUUUAGAAGAAAAUAAUAACGAUGUUGCAUAUGUGAAAAGUAUUUUUAAGAUGGAAGACCCAAAACCAGGGUGCAGUAAAGAUCCUGAUGCUCCAGCAUUACCACCAGUAUUAGAGGACCUUUGCAGUUUCAGUGUUUCAGAUGAAUUGCAAAAGGAUGCAAGGAUAAUACAUGCUCUUCUACCCAAUUUUAAUUACUCUUUGAUCUACAGGACACUUUGUAAUAAUCACUUUGCCAAAAAUUGUAUUGAACUUACAUUGUGGGACUUAUUACCAGAGAAAAGGCCGGCAAUUCAGCCUUUAAACAAACGAAAAUGUUCCAAUGAGAUAUGUCCCAUACAAUGUAAAAAGAGUUUGAAAACUUCUGUGCAUAAAGAUCAGAUGGAUACAAAGGCGACUUUGAAAGAGAAGCCGGUACGUGCAAAAAGAAAAGAAAUUAUUGAUAUAAAAUCGAGGAAUAAAGAAUUUGCAUCGGAUGGAACUGAUGAAAUGGAAACUAAUGUAUUUGCAAAAGUAACACCUUUAAAUAUAGAUAACAAUACUGACCAAAGCAUAGUACCAGUCAGAAAGACAAAAUUGAAUUAUACAUCAAACAUACCUAACAAAAAUAUCGAAUUCAGCUAUGAUAUUAACCCUAUACAUUCGAAACUUUUAAAAGACAUAGAUGACAUGGAAUCGACGAAAAUUCGAGAACCUCUCGAAAUAAAAUCUAUAUUUUCCGAUGAUGCAUUAGGAUCAAGUACUGCAUCCUCAGAAAUGUUUAAUAUUGAUAAUUUUCUAGAGGCUUUUCUCGAGCCCCCGAUAGAGGAUGUAUCUGAUCCUUUUCUCCAAGUGAAGAGAAAGGAUUUGGGAGAGAAAGCGCAGGCAAGAACCGAGACACGAGUUGUCGAUGUUAAAUCAGAAAAUAAAGAAUCUACAUUGAUGACAGAUAAAACUGACGAAAUAAAAAAUAAGAAUAUAUGGGAAGAAAAAAUUAAAAACUCGUCGCUAGUCGAUGUAGAAAAAAAUGCAAGCAAAGUGAUGAUAAAAGAAAACAAUGGUGAUCUUAAACCAUUACAUGUUAUAACAUUACAUGAAAAAGCAUCUCAAAUAUAUGCCAAAUUAAUACCCAUGUUUCCAGACGUAAAAGCUAGUUUUAUUAAAGCGUUAUGUUUCAAAGGUAUUCAACCUGAUGACUUGCGGGAUGAGGCGAUAUUGUUGGAAUUGUUAGUUGACGCGUUAUUGAAUUACAAUAAAAAAAAUCUAUUAAUUAAAAAUGUUGAGCCAGCAGCAACAGUGAAAAAUUCGAAUGAAACUUUAAAAACUCCCGAUCUAAAUGAGCAAUAUGCCGACUUAUUGAUGAUAUUCCCAGAAGCGGAUCCUGUAUACUUAAGAGAAAUAGCCGAGCAGAUGUAUAAAAAUCCUGAACAGAUAAAAGAAUUCGUUCAAUCAAAACUAGAAAACCCGGAUUAUCCAACGAGAGCACAGUAUCUAGCUAAAAAGAAACUUACGGAACAACAGAAACAGUACACUACGGAUUUUCAAGUGCAACAGUUUUUAGAGUUGUUUCCAGAUCCAUUUUCAUACUUUGAAGAUGAGAAAAGAAAGUGCCAAUUUAAUCCGCACGCUGUAGAUUUUCUUAAACAUUAUUUCAGCAAAUUGAAAGUUAACACGUUGGUGAAUACAUAUAGUCAAUAUGUACACAAUUUAAGUUUAACUGCGAAGGCUUUGGAAGCAUUAAAUCCUGACUUGAAAACUAAACGGUAUAGCAGCAAAACGAUUCUAACGGAGGAUAUACCGUUUCUUCAAGAGUGUGCUUUUAUACAACAUAAAGCAGAACUUAGAAAGUAUUUGGAUGAAAUGAAAGCGAAAGAGGAGCAGGAAUUUAAUGAGCUUAAAGCAAAAAAUGAACUGCUUGAAUGCCAAUGUUGUUAUGACAACGAAUGUAUGCCAUCAAAAUGUUCCACGUGCGCGGAAGGGCACAUAUUUUGUAAUUCCUGUAUUAUACGGAGUACAGACAUAGUAUUAGCAGACGGCAACACGCAUGUUAAGUGUUUGCUAAAUUGUGGUUGUGACUUUCCUAUAUCUGUACUUCAAAAGAUACUAUCGCCGACUAAGUUUAGUAUCCUGCUCUGCAAACAACAAGAGGCGGAGGUAAUGGCUGCUGGAGUUGAGGGAUUAGUGUCAUGCCCAUUUUGUCAUUUUGCAUCUAUACCGCCGCCCGAAGAUAAGAUUUUCAAAUGCCUCAAUCCGGAAUGCAUGAAGGAAUCUUGCCGAUUAUGUAAGGAAAUUAAUCAUAUACCUUUGAAAUGCAAUGAGAAAAAAUCGGAAGCUGCACGUUUAUACUUGGAAGAAAAGAUGACUGAAGCUUUAGUACGGAAAUGCUAUCGUUGCAACCGAAUGUUCUUUAAGGAGGAAGGUUGUAACAAAAUGACUUGUCUGUGUGGUGCCAAGAUGUGUUACAUUUGUGAUAAACCGGUAACCGAUUAUCGGCAUUUUCAGGGUCAAGGAGCAACAGGAUCAAAUCUUUGUCCAUUAUGGAGUGAUAAUCGUCGUUUAAAUGCCGAGUCUGUAAUUAAAGUUUGUAAGGAAACUAUGAAGCAGAUUAAAGAGAAAGAUCCUAAGGUCGAUAUAAAUAUCGAACGUCUUUUACCAAAGCUGCCACCUAAAAGUAAAGGUCCUCACGAAGAUAUUCCUCAAUUUAACAGAAUGAUGGAACAUGCAGAUAGGAUUGCAAGGCAUAUUCCAUGACAACUUUAUGUCCUUGUUAACUAUUAAAAAAACAUUUAUUUCCUACUUCUAUUCUAAAACUUAAUCUAAUGUUGAAACAUUUAUUUUACGUAUAAUUCACAAAUCUAAUUCUAUUUUUGCUGAUAAUAUAUAACUAGUUAAAACAAUAUUUUGCGAAUAACAGUUUUUGCUGGUAUGCAUUCGUACAGUGUACAUGAUUAUAAAAAUGAAAUCAUAAAAUACAGUAAUAUAAGCAAAUGA